AUGUGCAAGGUGCGCUUCAGCGCUGAAUGUCCAUCAAAGGUCCAGCAGUGGGGAUUUAUGGAGAAUCUGAUACGCCGACGCGUAGCUAGUCUGACUGGGACGUCCAAGAACGGCCCGACGCACCGUAUCUCGCGCAAGCUGUUUUAUAAGCUGUUCGAGGCCGAGAUCGAGUACGCUGAGCCAUACCAGUGCAUCGAGGAAGCAUAUCUGCCGCCUGACUUUCAGGACGCCGUUGCUGCCUGCGUACUGGGCGACAGCGCGGGCAAUCAAGGCCAAUUCACGUGCAAUCCCUUCACCAUGGAUGGCAUCGUGCAUCUAUCCGGCUUCAUUCUCAACGCUAACCCAUCCAAGCGUAAGGACGUGAUCCACAUUUCCAACCGCAUCGGCUCCUUUCAACUGUUGGCCCCCAUUACCAAAGGCACGUCGUGUAUGUGUUAUGCCACGUUGCGCGAGCAGUCUGCCAAGGGCGUAACCGUCUUUGACCAAGAUGGGCUAAUCGCCCUUUGCUCCGGCAUCACGUUCCAGCGCAUGACCAAGGACAUCUUCUCACUGGUCAUUGGGCACGCGGACGUCGGGCUUUCUGGCGGUGCGCCGGUACCAAAGGUCAUUGAAGCGCCGCUCCCUAGUCGUGGGCGCAGGCUUCAUGACUUUCCUGAUCCGUCGCCGCAAAGCACGGUUACACGAACGACAUUGCCCGAGGCAGAUCACGCCGACACGUUGUUACGCAUCGUCGCGACGCGGACGGGCGUUAGCUUGGACGAGCUGGAGCCCGCCACCUGUUUUACUGAUGUCGGGGUGGAUUCGCAGAUGAGCAUCGCCAUCACGUCAGAUCUGCAGAAACAGCCUGGUGUGCAGCUCCCGGCGGCUUUCUUCCUCAUGUACACGACCGUGGCAGAGGCCAAGGAGCGGCUAGGAACUGCGGAACCUGCAAAGGUUAUCACGCCGUCACCCAAAACAAGUGCUGAGUCGCUGGCUACGAAGCCUAGUUCGGUUUCCAAGGCAAUCCGCUGCGAAGCAUCGCCAUCGACAGAACGACCGAGCAACAUUCUGCUCCAAAUAGUGGCCAGCGAACUCGGCAUGGCUCCGGCUGACUUCGACGAUGUGGGAGACUUCGAAGCAGCCGGCGUCGACUCUAUGAUGAGCAUCAAAGUCAUGUCGCAAUACAAGCAAAGGACGGGUCAGGAGCUACCCGCCUCAUUCUUCAUGAACCACCCGACAGUAGCAGACGUCGAAGCUGAGUUGGAUGGCGGCGUGCGCGGCGCCGAUACUAAUGACUCUUCCAGUUCCAGCAGCAGCCGCAUCAUUCUAACGCCCCCAGCGGAAAUCACGUCCAACGCAGUCCUGAUCCAAGGCAACCCAGACUCCACACAGCGACCCGUUUUCAUGAUUGCCGACGGCCACGGCUCGGCCGAUGCCUUCGUGCACCUAGCGCCUCUCCAAAACAACCAAUGCCUCUACGCGCUUGAAUCGCCUUUCAUCGAUGACCCCAAUGCCUUUGACAUGCCAAUCCCCGACCUCGCCAAAGUCUUCAUCAAAACCAUCCGUCGCCUGCAGCCGUGCGGCCCGUACUUGAUCGGCGGGCGCUCCGCUGGGGCAGCAUACGCCUACGAAGUCGCAUACCAACUAGCCGUGCUCGAGCACGAAACACUUUCGGGCCUUCUGCUCAUCGACAUGCGGGUCCCGCGCGCCAUCCCACAAGCUCACGCUAUCAACAUGGCAUUCGUUACUCGCGCAUGGCGCGUCAUUGUUGAGCACACGAACGUCCUACUCGACCCGGGUGACCUUGCCCACGCUGCGGUCACCAUUAAAGCUCUGCACUCAUAUACACCGCGUCCGUUCCCGGCGUCGGCGCGCCCUCUUCGCACUGCCAUCGUCUGGGCCCGCUGGGAUGUCAACGAGAAUCCCGACCAGACCCUGCGCGACGCGGCUGUGCAGCGUCCGGCGGCCAUGGGCCCGACACUCGGCGAGACGGCGGACCCGGCGUCUGUCAGUGUAGAAGAUUUUGAGUCCGAGUUUAAAUCCUGGUUUUGGGGUUAUCGGACGUCAUUUGGCCCGAAUGGCUGGGACCGCUUGCUAGGUGGAGAGGUGCUGGUGCACACGGUAGAUAGAGGUUCGUUUUUCUGA